AUGCGCGUGGCCAAGGAUUUCACCCCCGACGUGCUGCUGAGCGCUCCUCGUCGUGGCUCCGCCGUCCCGAGCCCCGAUGGCACCCUCAUUCUCUACACCCAGUCGACGCACAGCUUCGAGGACAACAAGACCGUCAAGGAGGUCCGCCUCAUGGAUAUCGAGAGUGGGGCCUCCGACCAGCUCACCGAUGAUGACAAAGUCCACGAUGCCCAGUGGCUGCCGGGCACCAAAACCGAUGUCAUUUACUUAAAGUCGGGCGAGAAGGGAACGACGCAGAUCUGGAUUGCCAAUGGCGACGACCCGGCCAAGGAGCAUUACGUCGCUGGCGAGUAUGAUGCGCCAAUCACUGCGCUGAAGUUGAAGGCGCUGGACGACGGAAGUGUUGCGUUUGUCGUUGCCGGACUGGUCGGUCCUGACGGCGGUCUUUUCAAUGACGAAACAGAAGAGAAGAAGAAGUCCACUGCUCGCAUCUUUGACGGUCCCAAAGUCAGGGUUUGGAAUGAGCUAUACAAGUCACACAAAUAUGCUCUAUGGUACUCAACUCUUGUCAACGCACACGGAAAAUGGGGAGUUGCCGGAGAGUUGCAAAAUAUCGUCAAAGAUACGACUCUUGAGGCGCCAGUGGGCAUGUACGAUGUUGCCGAUCCGACAGACAACUUUGACAUCAGCGAAAAGGGCAUUGCUUUCGUUGCUGAGGAUCCCAGGCCUUCGUCGCCAGAGUUUGUCCGCAUUGCCCAUGUCUACUAUGUCCCCCUCGCAUCCUUUACAGCCGCACCACCUACACGGCCAAGGCCCGUCGUCAUGGGCAUAUCCGAGACCAAGGCGUACUACCAGAACGUGAGGUUCUCACCAGACGGUUCGAAAAUCGCGUUUCUACAUGCGCCUUACGCCAACCCUGUAGAUGUCAGGUUGUAUAUGGGCCAUACGAGUUCCUUCGGUGCUUAUCACGUACAUACCAUGAUCUUCGGCAAAGGGCCUCGUCUACCUCCGCGGAGCUUCGAAUUCGCAGGCAGCUCUGAUGCUUUACUCAUCACAACGGAGGACUGCGGAAGGGUCAAGCUGUCCCACCUUGAGCUUCGGCACGGUGCAGAGGCAACGUCGCUCGUUGAGAGCGGCGUUGUGUCUGCCUUUUACCCUCUGAAAGAGGGCAACUACGACCAGCUCCUCGUUACCAGCAACAGCAUCGUCGAGAGCAGCUUGUGGCAGAUUGUCGAUACCACGCUGAAAACGCAAUCAAAGGUGGUAUCUUCCUCCACAAAGCACGGGGCCAAGUAUGGUCUCUCACACAGCAUGGUUUCGGAAUUUUGGUACGAAGGCGCUGAUGACGCCGUCGUGCACUCUUUCAUCAUCAAGCCCUCCAACUUUGAUGAGCGCAAGAAGUACCCUUGGGUCCUCCUACCCCAUGGGGGCCCAGAGUCGUCUUGGCUGGACUCUUGGUCCACGAGGUGGAACUUAGCUCUCUGGGCACAACAGGGUUACGUCCUCAUUGCGCCGAACAUUGCCGGUAGUACGGGCUACGGCGUCGACUUCACCGCACGCAUCUACCGUUCCUGGGGCGGCGCUCCGUACCAAGACCUCGUCAACCUGAUGGAGUACCUCAAGCCGCUGCCCUAUCUCGAUCACGACCGAGCCAUCGUUGCGGGGGCCUCGUAUGGAGGGUACAUGGUCUCGUGGAUGUUCGGACAGGAGAUGAUUCGCAAGUUCGCGUGCGCCAUUUGGCAUGACGGCAUCUUCAACUUGCCCGUGUUCAUGAUCCAAAGCGACGUCGUCGACGGCGGGCCGGAUUUUGCGGGUGCUCCGUACUUGUGGAGCAACGGCGAGGAGCUGGAGAAGUGGAACCCCGCGCGGCCGGAGCUGUUGCGGAACUGGAAGCAUGCGCCGCCGACAUUGGUCAUCCAUAGCGAGAAGGAUUACCGGUGUCCUAUCACCGAGGGACUGGCAGCGUUCAACACUCUGCAAGCUCAAGGGGUUAAGAGUCGCUUUCUGACUUUCAGUGAUGAGUGCCACUGGGUUUUGAACCCGGAGAACUCGUUGGUUUGGCACCGAACAGUCUUUGAGUGGAUGGAGAAGCACGUUGGAGGAAAAGAGGCGAGGGAGAUUUAA